CCGCCCCCUGCAGGAGAGCGUGUGCCGUCAUUUCCGGCUUCUCUUUCCUCUGGUACCGGGCGUGAGCUGAGGGAUUAGCGUGUGUGCCGAACUCCUCGGAACCAUGGCGUCCCUUUCCCUCGCACCUGUUAACAUCUUCAGGGCUGGAGCUGAUGAAGAGAGAGCAGAGACUGCUCGGCUGUCUUCUUUUAUUGGUGCCAUCGCUAUUGGAGACUUGGUAAAGAGCACAUUAGGACCUAAGGGCAUGGAUAAAAUUCUGUUAAGCAGUGGACGAGAUGCCUCUCUUAUGGUAACCAAUGAUGGUGCAACUAUUCUAAAAAACAUCGGUGUGGACAAUCCAGCAGCUAAAGUUUUAGUUGAUAUGUCACGGGUUCAAGAUGAUGAAGUUGGUGAUGGCACUACCUCUGUUACUGUCUUAGCAGCAGAAUUACUAAGGGAAGCCGAAUCUUUGAUUGCAAAAAAGAUUCACCCACAGACCAUCAUUGCGGGUUGGAGAGAAGCCACAAAGGCGGCAAGACAGGCUCUGUUGAAUUCUGCAGUUGAUCAUGGUUCUGACGAAGUUAAAUUCCGUGAAGAUUUAAUGAACAUUGCGGGAACAACAUUAUCCUCAAAACUUCUUACUCAUCACAAAGACCAUUUUACUCAGUUAGCUGUAGAAGCUGUUCUCAGACUGAAAGGCUCUGGUAAUCUGGAGGCAAUUCACGUCAUCAAGAAGCUAGGAGGAAGUCUGGCAGAUUCCUAUUUAGACGAAGGCUUUCUGUUGGAUAAAAAAAUUGGAGUAAAUCAACCGAAGAGAAUUGAAAAUGCUAAAAUUCUCAUUGCAAAUACUGGUAUGGAUACAGACAAAAUAAAGAUAUUUGGUUCCAGGGUAAGAGUUGAUUCUACAGCAAAGGUUGCCGAAAUAGAACAUGCCGAAAAGGAAAAAAUGAAGGAGAAAGUUGAACGUAUUCUUAAGCAUGGGAUAAAUUGCUUUAUUAACAGGUCUGUAUGUGCUUUUGCUAACAAUAUUUGUAAUAAUCUAAUGAUUUAUGUCUACAAAGAUGGGCAUUCUGAGAUUUCAGUUAUCAUGAUGAUUAGCAGAUAUCAGGUGUCCUUGUUUAUGUUCAUAGGUGGUGAAAUUGCCUCUACCUUUGACCACCCAGAACUAGUGAAGCUCGGAAGUUGCAAGCUUAUUGAGGAAGUCAUGAUUGGAGAAGAUAAACUCAUCCACUUUUCUGGGGUGGCCCUUGGUGAAGCUUGUACCAUUGUUCUUCGUGGUGCCACUCAACAAAUUAUAGAUGAAGCAGAAAGAUCUUUGCAUGAUGCUCUUUGUGUUCUUGCCCAAACUGUGAAGGAUUCUAGAACAGUUUAUGGAGGAGGUUGUUCUGAGAUGCUGAUGGCUCAUGCUGUGACACAGCUUGCCAGUAGAACACCAGGCAAAGAAGCUGUUGCAAUGGAGUCUUAUGCUAAAGCCCUAAGAAUGUUGCCAACUAUCAUAGCUGAUAAUGCAGGCUAUGACAGUGCGGAUCUGGUGGCACAGCUCCGAGCUGCCCAUAGUGAAGGCAAUACAACUGCUGGACUGGAUAUGAAGGAAGGUACCAUCGGAGAUAUGGCAGUAUUGGGUAUAACAGAAAGUUUCCAAGUAAAGCGACAAGUUCUUUUGAGUGCAGCUGAAGCAGCAGAGGUGAUUCUUCGUGUGGACAACAUUAUCAAAGCAGCACCAAGGAAACGUGUCCCUGAUCACCACCCCUGUUAAACAUUCCCAUGUGCUGUUGAGCUCUGGACCAGUUAGUUCAUAGCAAAGUUGUGUUUGAAAGACUUCGACCUUUUGAAGAAGACUGUGGAAUCGAAGUUUAUCUGUGGCUCUUAGAUCCUUAAGUUUGGACAUUUAACUGACCUUCUAUUUUAACAUGGGUCUAAUUUAUUUGCUGUUUCAUUAUCCAUAAAAUUUAGUUGAUUUAAAAGUUCAUUUCUCAUACUGUGCAUCAAAAUAAAAAUUUGAACAAUUAAUUUUUCUUAUCUGUCUUA